AUGUCUGAUCCACUCGGUGGACCUCCACCUUAUUCGCCAUUAGCAACAAAACGAGAUCAUAUUACCUCAGACACAUCAUCAACAUCUAACAUUCCAAUAUCUGAUUUUCGACGGAAUGAAGCUCGACCAAUAAUAACUGAUGAUAAUGAUCGACAUAAAUCGAUAUAUCAUCAACCAACUUUACCAACAUAUAAUCCAAGUGAACAAAGACGUAGAAAACGUCAUCGUCGUUCACGUCCAUUAAUUGAAUCAUCAGAAAUGCCAUUUAAAGCAAUACCAUCACAUGAAAGCAAUGAUUCAACACAUAUUGAUAAUCCAAGUGCACGUGUUCAAUUUUUACUUGGUGAUGAAGAUCAAGAUGAUGAUGAUGAAGAACAUAAACCACAUGAUUUAUUUAUUGAAUUAAAUGAAUUAGUAACUGAUGGAGAAAAACUUAAUGAAGCAGGUGAACCAGUUGAUCAAGGUUGGAAAGAAACUGCUAGAUGGGUAAAAUUUGAAGAAGAUGUCGAAAGUGGUGGUCGAUGGAGUAAACCACAUGUUGCUACAUUAUCAUUACAUUCAUUACUUGAAUUACGAAAUUUUAUUUCUAAAGGAAGUGUAAUACUUGAUAUGCAUGCUGAACAAUUACCUGUUAUGAUUGAUAUAAUACUUGAUGAUUUGAUUGCUAAUGAAUUAUUAUCACCAGAAAAACGUUCAAUUGUUCGUAGUGCACUUCUUUUGAAACAUGUUCAUCAACAUGAAAAAGAAUUUCAUCGACAUUUACAUGCACAAGAAAUAAAAAAACCAUUACCAUUUACACGUUCAUUAGCAGAAUUUUCACGAAAUCGUUCACAAAAAGAUGUAACUAUAACAAGUGUUGAUCAAAUAGCACCAUCAAUAGGUGCUAAUAAUUCAGCAUCCACAGUAAAUACUACUCAAACAGCAGGACACAAUAUUAAAGCAACAGGUGAAAAUUCUCCUGAAAAAUUUCUCUCAGUGGGCGGCGGAGAACAAUCGAAGUCGAAAAUUCAUGAAAAUGAAGAAACAACUGUUGGUUUAACAGCUGCAGAAUCUCGUGCUAAAAUUAAUAUGCAUUUUAUGAAAAAAGUUCCACCAAAUGCUGAAGCUACAAAUGUUUUAGUUGGCGCUGUUGAUUUUCUUCAAACACCAAUUUAUGCAUUUGUACGUUUAUCGAAAGGUGUUACAUUACCUGAUCUCAUCGAAGUUCCAUUACCAACACGUUUUCUCUUCAUACUUCUUGGACCAUGUAAUGAACAUUUACGUUAUCAUGAAGUUGGACGUUCAAUAGCUACAUUAAUGGCUGAUGAAAUUUUUCAUGAUGUUGCUUAUCGAGCACGUAAUCGAGAUGAUCUGCUUGCAGGUAUUGAUGAUUUUCUUGAUCAUGUUACUGUAUUACCACCUGGUGAAUGGGAUCCUAGAACACGUAUUGAACCACCAAAAAGUGUACCAAAUAAAGAAGAUCGUCUUGAUAGAACAAAAAUAAAUGGUGUAACACAAAUGAAAGAAUCCGAACAUGCAGAACAUGAAUUAGAUCCAUCAUUAAUGCGAACAGGAAGAUUUUGUGGUGGUCUUAUUAAUGAUAUUAAACGCAAAGCACCAUUCUUUUGGUCAGAUAUCACAGAUGUUGUAUCAUUUCAAUCAGUUGCAGCAAUUAUUUUUCUUUAUUUUGCUUGUCUAUCACCCAUUAUUACAUUUGGUGGUUUACUAAGUAAAGCAACUGAUAAUAAUAUGGCCGCAAUUGAAAGUUUAUUAUCAGGUGCAAUUUGUGGAUGUUUAUAUCAUUUAUUUGCUGGUCAACCAUUAACAAUUUUAGGUAGUACAGGUCCUGUACUUGUUUUCGAAACAAUUGUUAAUACAUUUUGCACAUCUCAUGGUCAUGAUUAUAUGAAUUUUCGUUGUUGGAUUGGUUUAUGGACGGCAGCAAUAUUAUUAAUUAUGGUUGUUACUGAUGCAAGUUAUCUUGUUAAAUAUAUAACAAGAUUUACUGAGGAAAGUUUUGCUGCACUUAUUGGUAUUAUAUUCGUCUAUGAAGCAUUUGAUAAAAUGAUUGAAAUAAAUCAGGCUGUACCAGUUCGGUUACAUACAACAGAUGCAUUACCAUCGAAUUGUUCAUGUACACUAUUCAAUGGCACACAAAUUUCAACUAAUUCUACUCUAACAUUAACUGAAUGUUAUAAGAAACAAGCAUAUGAUUUUGUUGGUUAUGGAUGUCAAAAUAUUAAGAGUAAAAAUUAUGUACCCGAUGUAUUUUUCUUUUCAAUUAUUCUCUUUCUUUCAACAUUUGUUUUGGCAUAUACAUUAAAAAGUUUUAAAUUUAGUCGAUUUUUACCUAUGGGUAUUCGUUCGAAAAUUAGCGAUUUUGGUGUUGUUUUAGCUAUAUUUAUUAAUGUCUUUUUUGAUUACAUGAUUGGUCUUGAUACACCAAAAUUAACUGUACCACAAAAAUUUGAGACAACAAAAGAAGGUCGAGGUUGGAUUAUAAAUCCAUUUGGAAAAAAUCAUGUUUAUAUGUGGUUAGCUGCUUUAUUACCAGCAUUAUUAGCUACCAUACUUAUAUUUAUGGAUCAACAAAUAACAGCUGUUAUUAUCAAUCGAAAAGAAAAUAAACUCAAAAAAGGAUGUGGUUAUCAUCUUGAUUUAUUAAUUGUUGCAGUAUGUAUUGCACUUAACUCUGUCCUUGGUCUUCCAUGGUUUGUUGCUGCAACAGUUUUAUCAAUAAAUCAUGUUAUUGCACUUAAACUUGAAUCUGAAACAGCAGCACCUGGGGAAAAAGCGAAAUUUUUAGGUGUUAGAGAACAACGUGUAACAGGUUUUAUUGUAUUUCUUUUUAUUGGUCUAUCGAUAUUUUUAACAAAAUUUCUUGGUCUUAUACCAAUGCCGGUACUUUAUGGUGUUUUUCUUUAUAUGGGUAUAUCAUCAAUGAAAGAAAUACAAUUAAUAUCACGUAUAUUAUUAAUAUUUAUGCCUGAAAAAUAUCAACCCGAUUAUGUCUAUCUUCGUCAUGUUCGAACACGUCGUGUGCACAUGUUUACAUUAAUUCAGUUAACUUGUUUAGCUUUAUUAUGGAUUAUAAAAUCAAUAAAAAAAAUCUCGAUUUUAUUUCCGAUUAUGGUUUUAGCAUUAGUUGGUGCACGAAAAGUUAUGGAUUAUAUAUUUACACAACGUGAAUUAGGAUAUUUAGAUGAUGUUAUGCCUGAAGUUGUUAAAAAAGAAAUUGAAGAAAGAAAAAAUAGUGGAAUUGAAGAAGAAGAUGGAACUAAGACACCGGGAACAAUAACAUUUGAUGGUGAAAUUCGUAUACCUGUUGGUGAUGGUAAAGUAAUGAAAGUACCUACAGAAAAUGUUGAAAUAAAUACGUCAACAGGUGUAAUAAAUUUUUCGGAAGAGGUUGGAAAAACAUUUUUAUGGAAAUCAAUUUCAAAAACAAAAGAUAAAGAACCAGCAACACCAGAUAGAAAAACUGCAAGUCAAAAACAACCAAAUAGUGAUAAAGCAUCACGUAGUUCAGCUCUAAAGAAAAGAAUUCGUAAAUUAAGUUUAAAUUUUCUUGGUCCUGAUGAAGAUCGACCAUUAGUAAAUCCAACGAAUGAAUCUUCAUCAAAUCAAUUUAAUCAACAAUUACCAUCGAUUGUUAUUGAACAACCCGAAACAUCAUUCUCAUCUGAUAAUAAUGAACAACGUCGACGAACUAGCUCAACGACGAGCAAUAAUAUUGACACAAAAUUGUGA